GUUUAACAUUGGAAAUUUGGAUAUGGAAAAUUAUGGCUGGCAAUGCAAAACUGCUAAUAUCUGAAAAAUGAAACCUAGCCAACAGCUCUCGAUGUGCGGUCAACUAAAACAAUAAUAUAAAAAGGCAGAGACAUUAACAACAACCACACCAAAGCAACAACAAAAACAAUACUAACAAAAACAAACGUCGAGCGAAAAUAAUGGAUACGAAUGGCGGUACGGCAACAGUACCAUCCAUUGCUGCCGCCGUUGCAGUUACCAACCACCGAGCAUCAUCAUCAAAUGUUAUCGCCAUUGGCAAUCAGAGCUCCAAUAACAAUUCCAGCAAUCCAAGCGACCCCCACAGCACCCACCACAGCACCCACCACAGCACUCUAAUACAUGGCACCGCACACAGCACUCUAAUACACAACAAUAGCAGCAGCAGCAGUACCAGCAGCAGUGGAUAUGACAGCACUUCGGCAACACCCACCAGCAGUAGCAGCAGCAGUAGCGCUUAUGAAACGCACACGGCCGCAACAACGCCGGUUAUUUUGGCGGAGACAACGCCUCAUAUACCGACUGUCACAGUGGCCGCAGUGUCACCAUUCUAUAGUGAGGCUAUAAACUCUCAGGCUCUUGCCGAGUCACAGCAUUAUUCAGCUGCGGCCCAACACCAAGCAAGCAACUUACAUUCGCACCUGCCACACCACAAUCAACAGCAACUUUCCACAAUCCAGCCAUUUCAACAGCAACAUUCGCAAAAGCAACAUCAACAGCAGCAGCAGCAACAACAAUAUUAUUCAAAUACCUACGACUACGCGGCGUCACAGCAGGAACAACAACAAUUGCUGUAUCAACAAACCCCUCUGCAGGAUCAUCAACAGCCACUGAAUCAUUCAUAUUUGGAGCCCAGUGGUAGCUUCGAUGCCUCAAACACGGCUUCUGGAAUAAACACCAUCGGCGCUACGUCUGCGGGGUCCUACCAACACCAGACAAUGGGAAGUCAUCCUUAUAAGAGUACAGGAAUAACAGCGGCCCUUAAUUAUGAGCGUCAUAUGGGUGGUCGUUCAACCUCGGCUCGAAGUGGAGCGCCCAGUUAUCACGAAGUCGCCUCGGCGUCCAAAUCCAGCAGCCACUCGCAACAUGGCCAGCAAUACUUGGGCCAUUCAAAUUUGCCGUCGUCAUCCUCCUCCUCAUCCUCUUCAAAGUCCAGAUCCGCCUCCUCCUCACUUUUGGGUUCAUCAUUAAUGGCCACCUCAUCUUCGGCAUCGUCAAAACCCCAAGCUGCCGCCACUCCAUUUUAUGCUCAACCACUGUCCCAGCCACCACAAACCAGCAAUGCAACGACAUUUUAUGACCAGAUCAAGCACAAAAUUCCUCUGGACUACCAUGAAAAUUAUGGCAGUUAUCCUAAUACAGCGGCUUACCAGCAGAAAUACUAUGCCGCCGCCAAAUCCCAGCUGAAGGAGGCGGCGUAUGGAUCUCCCCAGACUGCUGCAGCUUUGGCGGGAAAAUCUUUGUAUCACAAUAGCAACAGCUACUUUGCGGCGGGUGCCUCAGCUCAACAUGCAUCGGCGGCAAGUGGCUUGCCACCCUCUGCUGGCUUUGACAAGUACAUGUAUGCUGGGGGAUAUCCUUCGUUGGGCUAUGAAAGUAAUCCAGCUGAGACCAUCUAUCGUAAGUCAAGUGCCAGCUCCCUAAGCUCUUCAUCAUGGCCUUGGGGUCUUGAUUAUGCCUCAGGAAAUAGCCGUUCCAUACCACCGCCGCCACCAACGGCAGCAGCUUCAACGGGUCACUUACCCACAGCCACCGUGGCGCCGACACAUGCCACCUAUUUAGGUCCCAACACAACGCAUUUGGCGAGGGAUCCCUAUUACAUGAGCCAUGAUAAGUACGGUGUAAAAUAUGACAAAUAUACCUCGGCCUAUCCGCAGACAGGUGCCUAUGCAAGUCCGCCAGCCGCACGACAUCAUCUGUGGGCGCCCACACACAAUCCCCUAAACGAAAGACUACCCGCCGCUCCCUUAGCUCCACCGCCCCAUGGUGCACAUGCCAUGCAUACAGCUGCACCUUAUUAUCCACCAACCAAUGCUGGUCCUCCAGCCUCCAUUAAUGCCCGACAAAGUUGCUGCACCCAACCCUAUCCACCACAAAAUUGUUUUUAUCCGCCCCCGCCAUCAGGACGAAUAACGCAUGGGCAACCCGUACCAUCCAUGAUGGGUGCGUCCUCCUCCUACAUAGGCUCACAAUCUGCCCCAACGCACCACCAUCAACCGCAUCUCAGUGCCUUGAGUUCCAGCUGCAAAUACGGGAACAGCGGUUUGGAUUAUGCACCAGCAAGCAAACUGAAAACUCCUAAUGAUCUCUAUAUAAGCUCACAUUAUGAGACCUCAAACCUGCCACCACCUCACCACUUGGCGCACAGCCACCAUGCAAGCAACUAUCCAUACCCAAGUGGACCCAGCAAUCAACUAUACAAUGCCAAUCAAAUGGGAGGAGGGCAUGGUCAUCAGCCAGCAGGACCUUUAAUAGCCCACGAUGGCUUGGGAAAUUCCACCACAUACACCAAUGAUCUCAGUUUGCCUUCAACGGCAAACACUUAUGAUGCAUAUCUACAUGAACCGCCCCCUGUUUCCUCGCAUGUGAAUGCCCAAGCAAUGAGUAUGCCAGCACACGCGUCAAAUUAUGCUGCAGCAUCGGCGAAUAAACGUGCCUUAUUGGAUUAUCGCAAACCCAUGCAGCAACCAACUGUGCAAGGAAUCCAAAGCUCAGAUAAUUCCUACAACCAUCAAGCAGCGGGCAGUGUACGCAGCAGCGGCGGUGGUGGAGGUCAUUUUGGUCAUUCAACAGAAUUACAAAACCCCUCCGAGACGACCAGCAACACCUACAAUGACUAUGACAGCCAAGCCUCUGGUUAUGCUGAUGAGGAAAACGUUGCUGCCUCACUGCAUCAUGGCAAGUCUACCGAAGAAGGUACCAACAAAAAUUUGAGUUUGCGAGAUUUCAUAGCCAAUUGGAAUGAUGAUGAAGAGGACUACGGAGCUUCCAAUGAAGUCAUGGGCUUCGAGCAGGAAUCAACGCCAAUUAAUCCUAUAGCGCAAAGCUCCAGUGCCGAAAGUCCUGCCAACAUGGAACCAACACCACCUCCCUUAAUGGAGGAGAAACCAAUGGUGAAAAUAAAGGAGGAAAUUUCUAAAAAACUUGCAACUCCCUCAGUCCCCGUCCACAAUGAGGUAGAUGGCAAUCAAUAUGUCAACUUGCCGGAUAUCAUCAUCGACAUAGAGAAGUCCAAUGUGAAUAGUUCCAUUAUCACGCCACCCAUCGGUGAGACUUUGGCCGAGCUCAAUCCUCUGAGCCUGGAUAACUUCGAUGUAGAAAAGGAAUUGGAUCAGCUGCAACAAAUGAAGAAGACCGAACUUGACUCAGUCAUAGUGAAACCACAUGAUUUGGAGGAAAAGGCAACGGAAAGUAGAUCUCCCGAAAGUAGCCUUAACCAAGCGGCUAAAAACUUAACAACCCAACUAAGUUUUGAAGAUCUAAAUUUGGACAGCGCCACCAAAACGGUUUUAGCACCAAAGCCACACAAUUCCACUGAUGUGGAGGGUGGCUAUGAUAGCGGCAGCAGUCGUCAUUCGAAUGAAUCCUCAUUAUUCGAGAAAGAAUAUGAAACUUUUAUACACAAAAUCUCUUCAAGCAAUGAACCGCUUACCAAGGCGGAAGAGGAAAUCGAGCAAAAGGUUCAAGACUUUUCAAAAUUCUACAAGCGAAAGCGGAAACUAAGAGAUGAAGAAGUCAAGACCUCGAGCAGCAGCAGCAGCAACAGCACCAGCACAGAGCAAAGUUCGAAGAAACUCAGAUCAGGCGAAGCGGAAGAAGUGAAUGAUUCAAAUUUUCCCAGGGUCUACACGAAAAAAUCUCGCAAUAGACUACACAGAAAAAUCGAGGUAAAACGUUUGAAAUUGAAUCUAUUCCGUCGCAGAAAACCCUCUUCCUUCUAUUGCAAGCUCAUGCACUCGCUGCAAAAUUAUCGCCUGAACCGUGGUAAUCGCGUAAGGGAUCUUAUGAAAGAACUAAGAGAGGAACAUUUGCCACUUAUCAAAAGAAGAUCGAUUAAAAACUAUUCACUGGCUUCAAAUGCAGCAGCGAACCGAUUUAGUCCUCUGCCUUUAAAGAAUCUGGUCUUAAAGGUCAUCAAUACGGAUGAUUUUCGAGGCAGAUUUAUGGUAACCACCGUUAGACAAGAAGAAUUUUCUGCACCAGAGGAAAAGCACGUAUGCGUUGAUCCCUCUUGUGAGACCUGUGAGGUUAUACGCAGUCUUAUGGAGCCAAUGGUAGAUGAGGCAACUCCCGCCUAUGAUGCUGUGCUCUAUACCAGGAACGAAGACAGUGGUCCGCUAGCUCUUGCACCUUGUGUUGAAUUAACAACAGGUGCAACGCAAAUAAUUCUAACGGAAGGGGAAAAUUGUGAAAUUUUAGAUGAAAGCGAAAUUGUAGUGAUCCAAGAUGUAAGCGAAGCCAUAGAGCUGUCGGCAACAGAGGAACCGAUUUCACUUCAAACAGCCGUAGCAGAUGAAGCAACUCAUGAUAUCAAACAAGGCAAUAAAGCCAAUAGUGAAUACGACAAAGUGUCAUCUGUUGGUGUUAUCAUCAAAGCAGAUGCUGGAGAAUCACAAAAGAUCCUGGAACAGGAACUUCAGCAACCAUCCAUUGAAACAUCACCCACGACAACUUCAACAGAUAUAACUGCCAAGCAAAGUGAGCAACCCCAUCAACUAGCUCAGAAGAAGUCUAAUGCCAAAGAAGCCAAUUCGGAAGAGGAAGUGCAAUUAGUUCUUCAAAUCGAGUCUCCACGUGCUACAAGUGUAAUACGAAAGCACGAAUCUAACUCAACCGAAAGAGAUACUGAAUUUGAGCCGAAAAGGAGAUGUAACCCAAUCGAUGACGAAAACAAAGAGACGUCUACUGAUCCAUUAUGCAGAGCUACAGCAAAAACUUCCCCAAAUCGGCAAUUACAACCAGAGGUUGUUGUCACAACUACAGUGAUAUGCAAAAUUCAGAGUAAACCCAACGAUCAGAAAGAGCAAGUUUCUGAAAAAGUUGUAGAGAGCACCACUAAGAUCUCAAAAAUUCAAAAGGAAGAAGUUAUUCUCCAUAGCCUAGAGGGGAAGAUUACAUCUGAUAACGACCAUCAAAUCACAGCACAAGAAACAGCCGUUAUUAGAAAACAUGAAACCAAGCCAAAGGAAUCAGAAGACAGACCUAAAGAAGAAGACAACUUCCCUCCCAAGGAAAAUGACAACAAUUCAGAUUCAAGUGAAUCAGACUCUUGUAGCAGUAGUUCAUGUUCUACCUCCGAAAGUUCAGAUGAUGAUGACGAUGAUGACAAUGCUAAGGAAGGAGAAGAAAGUCAAGAUUCAAGUGAUUCAGAUUCAGAUUCCGACUCUGACUCAAAUGGAAAUGAAACUCUUAAAACCCUAAUCAAGGUUGUCGAGAAAUGUGAAAAGCUUUCAAAAGCAACCAAGAGUGAACGGUGUGACAAAGAAGCAGAAGAGGAUGCUAGUUCCAUUGAAGGCAAGAAACUACCGGAAAUCUCAAUAAAUCAUGAGGAUAGCAGAAAAGAAGUACAAGCCUCCAACGAAGAUGUCACAAACCCUAGAGAUUUUGUUACGAAGCCCACAGGGAAUAUUAUUAAAUAUUCCAAUACUCCACGGAAAACAAGCAGUCAACAAUGUUCCAAAUCAUCAAACCAAGAAAAUUCCACUGCACUGGAAAACAUUGAGCUAUCAAGCUCACAUGUCAAUGAAGCCGAAGACCCAUGCGGACCUCCCAAAUCAAUUGAGAAGAUAUGUACGGAAAAGAACAUCGACAAUAACAAUAGGCGCUCAAAUGUUAUUCCUCUUUCCAGCACGGAUAGUGGACCUAAGGCCAUCACCGUUCAGAAUGCACACAUAGAAGUAACAAGCGAUUUACCUUUACCUGAUGAUAAACAUAACACUCCAUCAGCUAGUCCUCCCAAAGAGAAAAAUCACGAGCAAACUCAAUUAAAGACAGAACUCCCUUCCGACGCAGAGGCUACUGUUCAAAACCUUUCUACUAGUGUAACCAAUGAACAAGAUUACAAAUCUACUGAAUCUCUUGAAGAAGUUACUGAUGAUUCUGAAAAGUGUUCUCAAGCUCAUUCUAAUUCAACUUCGGAAAAAUCUCUAGCAAAAACUUCUCCGCAAUUGAUUAAUGAACAUUUUGAAAAUUUGCAAAAUCUACCUUCUGCCAACGAAGAUAAAAUUCAAGUUCAAGAAGUCCAACUCAAUACAUUAAAAGUUCAACGCCAUUUCGGGGGUAUAACCCCUGCCGCUGAAGACUCAACAUCCAUUAAACAUACAUAUGCUAAAACAAACUCUAGCCCGGAACAUUGUUCGAGAAAUUCCUCAACAAAUUCUUCAUUAAAAUCUCCAGAGGUUCCCACAAAGUCAAAUGUCAUAGAUCUAUCGGAAGAAAUAUCCUCAUCCGAAAAUUUCAAAUCAGAUAAAACUGACAACGUAAAGAAAUCUCCUCACAUAGUGGAUAUCACCGACGAAACCACAUCAGAAGAAGAGGAAUCCGAUUCAGAUUCCGAUUCAGAGCAAUCUAUGGAAAAUAUAAGAAAAAGCCCAGAGAAACCCAUAUCUGAGCAGUCAUCAGCAUCUGAAGACUCCGAAAUUUCAUCAUCACCAGCUACCGAGGAGAAACACCCGAAAACUUCUCCGAAAUCGAAGGUGACAAAUAUGGAUAACGAAAGCAUCAUUAUAGCUGAGCACGUGCCAGAAGAAUCCCUUAACUCCACAUCGGUUAUCAAGUCUCUUGAAGAUUUGCAACGGCAGAAAGAACUUCAACAUGGCAUUAAAAACCAAAUCAUAUCUCCACCAUCCUGUCAAGAAAGCAAUCAAGAAAUUUCGAGAAAUGUCGCAAGAAGAGAGGACCAUUUCAAGGAAAUCUUUAAUUUAAAAUCUGUCAUAAAAAACUCUAUUUCUUCGAAGGAGGAAGAACCAGUUACUACCUUACACGAAGAUAAACUAAAGGACACUCUUGAAGCUGAUAACACUUCAUAUCAAAAUAACAGAAAUAACGAAUACUCCCUAGAAGAAUCCAGAGAAGGUCCAAUUGAAACUUAUUUGCCUUGCACACCAAACCCAAACUCAAACCCCACCUCAUCCAUGGCAAAUGAUUCGAAACGAAAAUUUGAAACCCCAAACUCACAACGCUAUCUGAGUGACAAUUUUGAGCCAAAACGAAGAAAUAAAUUCUCUGAGCUAUGGGAGGAGUCUAGAACAUUCGAAGAAUCUGAAUCCAAUGCAUUUUUCGAGCCACAAAAUUCCCAAGACCGAAUAUUUGAACAAUUUAGAGAAAUAUCCCCUGAAUUAAGUCAACACCAAAUGCCAUUGGAAACUUUUAAUGAACAAAUACAGACAGGACCAUUCAAAAGCCAUAUAAAUCCCACCAAUUUACCCACACACUCUCAAGCGACCAUUGUUGAAGAUUUUAACGAUGAAGUACUUGAUUUGUCUAAGGAUUCGAAGUUUUCACAUCAUAUCGAAGAUGAAAGAAGCAAUUCAAGGGACUAUGAGGAUCCUUCUGUUGCACAAACAUCAGUUCUAACAUCACCGCCAAGAGCUAGUGUUUUGGGAAAUUUAAAUGAAUCUCCUCCACGACCUUUCAAACCUUUCAAUCAGUUAUCCGAAUCUCCUCAACCAGAAGAAACAAAUACAUCUAGGGCUUCGAGUUACCAGGCAGAAGACAAUUACUUUCAAACUCCCAUAAUAGAACAUACUGCAAACGAUAUUGAUCUUAUGGGGGAAAAAAUAACACCAUUGAGAGAAUUAUCCUCAAUUGAUGAAAAUACCGGUGAAGUACCCUUUAAGGCAAGUACCUCUCCAUAUCUAUCAUCUCCUUCGAAUGAAUCCUUAAAUGAAGACAGCCAUCCAGCAACAUUGAAGGAAUCUGAUAUGUCAGACUCAGAAGCUCACGAAUCACCUGAAACUGAAAUGCCAACACGUCAUCAAUUAGAAUGCAGCUUGACACUUAAUGUUGCAGAACCAGCUAUGAAACCAAUAGACGAUGAGGAGGACAUAAGUCCAGAAAAUAGUGCAACUGCAGCAAUAGAUCUUCAGCAACCUUUAAUUUGGGGCUCCAAUUCAGUGAUGGAACAAACCCCUAGUGGAACAGCAGAUGAGAACAUAGUACCUUCAUUAGACAGUUCAUUAGUCCAUAACCUUCAACAGCAAGGCGAUACAGAGACUCUAGCUAGCAAUGAAAAUGAACAACGUUCGUCAAAUGCCUUAAUAAGCCCUACUCCAGAGUUUUCGCAAAAUAAUUCCAAGGAUAGUCUUAAUUCCCCAGAUACUGCAAUAUCUUCAGACCUUGAAACCUCCAGAGAUGGCAAGAAAAACAACUCUCCAGAGUCUCCAAACAAUUCAUCAAUCAUAAAUCAUGCAGAGGUCAACGUUGCAGUACAAAAUUGUGAUGAAUCCUUAAAUGAAAAAGUAAGAAUUACAAACAGAAGCCCAGUUGCUAAUAUAAUAAAGGACACGGUCAUAUCCAUUCAACAUACCAAAGAAUCUUUAGUCUCAGAACCUAAUUUGAAUACCUCAACGCACCAUAAUGCUGAACUACAAACCUCUACUUCAAUAGCUCUAGCAAGCAAGUUAACAAAUGAAAAAGAUCCUCAAGUUUUAUCAUCAACUAAUGUUGAUGCCUCAUCUUCCACUAAGGAAUCACUGAUUGCUGAAUUUUCACCAUCAGCAUCAAAAGCCAUUGAGAUUGUACCACAAAGCAGUGACAGCGAAGAAACAGUUGAAACCUUCAAAGCAGAAACAGAAGGAGCGGCAUGCAGUGGAAAUAUUUUCCAAAACAACACUACGGAAAGAAUUGACAUAGAACACCUGCCAACAGAAACUGUGCUUACAUUGGCUGAUGAUUGCCAAAUAAACUCAAGUGAAAAAUUUGGAACUCAACUGGCUACUGAAUCUUUUCCAACUACUUUGAAAGCGGAAGAGAUUUUUUCGGUUGAAGAUCUUCCGGUAGAAGAUAAAGCAGAACUCACGGUUUCUCCACCAUCAAUAGAUGUCUGCCAAGCGACUGACGAUGUUGUCCAAAAAACAAAAUCCUGCCAUCAAUCUGAAGAUUUGAAAAAUUCACAUUCUAAGUUGGAACCUCAAAAGGAAACCCUAUCGAAUGAGGCUGCCACAGAUUUCAAAGAGAAUGAAUUCCAAAAGAUUGAUACGAAUGAUGCAGAAUGCCAUGAUUCCCAACCAUCCAUCCCUGUUUCAGAAACCAAAGAGAGUAGCUUACAACUUCAAACCAAAGUCAAUACUGUAGAAACAUCAGCUGGCCAGCUAAUGCCAGAAAUCGAAGAGAAAACUCCUUCAGAAUUGCAAACUGCCGAGACUUUGGCAAAUGUUUCCGAACACCAAAAUUUGAGAUCUUCCCUCUCAGAAGCGGACAAAAAAGACGAAAAAUCAUCCAGCGAUGCCAAGAAUUCUGAACUUCUUUCUUCAAACCUCGAUGCAGACAAUACCCAUAAAUCAAACGCCAAAGAUGAGUCAUGUGAUUCAAAAUCUCCUUCUAGUCCACGUUCCCGCGAAGCAAGCCCCGAAAUGAAUUUCUGGAAUACAAAAGGCAAAUACAAAGCUUUAAGAACAUAUCAAUCAGAUGCUUCAAAAUCUCCAAUCAACAAUAUACGCUGUAAUGAAUCUCGUGGUAGUACACCAGAAACUACAAAUCCAUUAUGUCAAAAUGAAUCAGAAGCCAAAGAAGCUGUCAAGCAAGAUAAACAUUUCUCCUCACUUUCCGAUAUGGACGAAAAUCUCCUCUCCAAGCAGCAUGACAAAACAGUACCACAGAUAGAUGAUUCCAAUUGCCCUUCUCUGGACAAAUUGAAUAACUCCAAACUGGAUGAUGAAUCCUCGGGUUUUAAAAUGCAAACCAGUUUCGAUGAUGGCUCUGAUUUCAAUGGUUUUGAGGAUCAACACGAGGAGGAGCGCAUACGUAGAGAAAUUGAAAAUCUCAAUGAUGACUCUGCAGCUAAUGAUGCCUUUCUAUAUGCAACAAAUGCUGGAUCGCCUCUUAAAACUCCCUCGCCAAGUAGUAAAUCAUCAUCAGAAUUGGAUGAGUUGGAGGCUUUGGAAAAGGAAAUUUCUCAACACUGUUUGGCAAGAAAUCUAAAGGACUCACCAAAAGCAACAAGUGGCGAUGUAGCAAAUGACUUGCAGACUGAAUCCACCAAUAUGGUAAGCGUAUCGGAUGUAAUCAUAUCAACCAAUGAUAUAGAACAUAUCAAAAAGAUGUUAGAAAGUGAUGAAGAGCCUCCCAACGAUGAAGUGACGGCAGUGAGCAAUGCCAAAAAUCUUCUAUUAUUAAAGAAUCAUACCGAAGAAGUACAGAGAAGAGAAACUCCUGCAGAGACCAAUAAUAGCUUAAGUAGAGUUUGUAUUAUACCAAAGUUAAGUGACCUUUGUAGGGCUGCCUUAAAUAGUUCCUUGAAUGUUAGACAAAUAACAAUUGUACAAAACAAUGAUGUAGAAGCAAACAACAGUAGCCACAACUCCCCCCUAGGGUCCACAAGGUCCAAUUCCUCACCACCAGCGGUUGAGCGUGAACUGAGUGUUGAAGAGGCUCUGGCAGAAAUGUAUCGCCAAGCUGGGGUACUAUUAUCAGAUCCCGAGGACAAUGAGAAUGCAACAAGUGCAACAUUAACCUGCAACUCAGGCACAGAAGCGGACACAACUGCCGCCACCACAGCAACAACUACAACAACUGAAGAAGCUCAAGAUGUUUUACUUAUAAAUUUACAUGAAAUUUUAAAUAGCAACAAUGAUGUUUAUGUUUUACAAUGUAAUAUGAAUGUUAACAAUGGCGAUGCAGAUGAAACUAAUGCCAAUGCCGAUGCCCCAUCUGAUGCCAAUGCAACUAGCCAAGCCAACAAAACGGAAAGAGUAAAUACCACCACACUGCAGUUGAUAGGUAUCCUCAAUAGGGACAGUGAGAGUUCAGAGAUACACAUCAUUAGUUCCGAUUCCGAAAGUGAGGUAAUUAUUUUAAGCGAUUGUGAUACUGAUGUUGAAUUUCAACCUCCUCCGCCCCCCACUAGCUAUAUGUCUCCACCCACAACGGCUCAUCGCGAGUAUAUACCCUUUAUCAAUGACUACGAAGAUACCACCAGCGAUAGUAUGUCCGAUUUAUCGACCAUACAUCAUGAGGAAAUCGUACCUGAUAAUUUAAAUAAAUUUUUACAAGAGGAAUUCUACAAAUACUUGCAUGAGAAAUAUGCCCAAAAAAAGCUCUCCAAAUACUAUCAUGCCAAUCGGAUAUUGAGAAAGUACAAAAAAAGUAGAAUAACCCAUAAAAAUCGCACGUAGUUGUCGUAGGGUGAAAAGAAUAGAUUAAAAGCCUAUGGUUCUAACAUAUCGUACAGCUAUAACUGAAAUAUGUUGUAGGCAAACUUUGUUUUUGGUAAAGGUAAAGACAGAAGUGUUGUAACUUCAGUUGAUGUUUUGAUGUUUUAUUUUCUAUUGACAAAAACAGAUUAUAAAUAAAUUGUUUUCAAAAUAUCUCAAUAGCCUCCACUUGAUGUUCGCAUUAUUUUAAGAAUAUGUCAUUACAUUUGGCGAAGAAAUAAUAACAGUUUCAUAUAACGCUCAACAAAGCCCAAAUCGUAAAUAUUUUCUAUUAUCGAAAGCAUUCUACCAAGAUAAAUUUAUAAGGUAGGAGCAGUUGUCCAACAACAAAAAAUUGAGUACACUAUUUGUCAAAAUCAGCAUUUUGUGGAACCCUGAUUUUGAGUGUGUUACCAGUUUGCGCCAUUUUUCGUUGGUUGUAUUUGUUAUGGUUCUUACCUAUAAUGCACACACGCAAAACUUGAGAAAAACUUGCACUCAGCUGUUUGCUGAACACUACCUCGGUAAAUAUGCCUUGCAUUCUCCCCUUGAGUACUUUGUGUGUUAUAGGCUGUUAAUACGGCACAUCAUGAUCGUACUCAUCGUGCGAACGUGUUGAUUUCAGCUUUUGCCAAAAACGGUACAUAGAUUUUUUUUUUUUUGAUUUUAUUAAAUGUUCCUUACUUUUCUUCUCUUUUUAUAACUUUAUUGUGGACAGAACGUGUUUUUCAAUAUCUGUCAAUGUUUACAAAUUUCUGUGUAAAUGGUAUUCGUUAGACGCCAAUCAUCGAAAAAAGCAAAUGAUUUUGAUUUUUCAGGCGUGACUGAUGGCCAUGUGUACAUAUGACGUAUACAACCUUAUUUUCAUCAGCACCAUUACAAUGACCACGCAUCAUGAUGUGCAAUGUUAAGAGCCCAUAAGAACCCGACAAAUGUCACACUGAUUUUUUUUGUGGUCUUCAAACAAAAUCCGUUAGGAGAAAAUUAGUUACAUAUAUGCUUAAAUUAGAAGAUUUUUUAAUGACUCUGAGUCUGUCCCCGACAAACAUCGACAUUUGUUUCAUCGAAAGCACAUUACGAAAACGCUAUUUUGCAUAUAUUUCCGCCCCCUACUUAUCAUGUAUCAUAAUGACUUGUUCUUACUCAAAUUUGAAGAUUCACUUAA